GAACUUUGGUCCAUAUUGUCAUUAAUAUUUCUACUGUCUUUGUGAAUCACUUUCUUAUCAGAGAUAUAUUAAAGUGUCUCCUAUCUAAAAACUGUGAUCCUUCUGAAUACAGCAGAAAAUAAUUGUAUAACUUUCUCCCAAACUGAGUUUCAUUAUGCAUUUUCUCCAGGAGGCGGCACAGCAGUCGUUUAUAAUGGAAAAAUCGCUCCGGGCUGACGAAAUGAUGAAAGUUCCGUUACUUUCUUUCUCUCCUCUUUUCCUUUCUUUUCUCUUCUCUUCUCUAGCGGGAAGCGUCUCUUCUCUCCUCCUCCACACAUCACAUCCGGCUCAGUUUCCCGAGCAAUUUGGACUCAGUUACAGUGCAGCGUUAUGAAGUCCGAUUCAUGUAAGCGAAUCGAUUCGAGCGGACGGUUCGUUUCAAUGACUAGACUCACUGAUUCAUUUGAUUUGCCGCCUGAAAUUGUUUGUAGAAAACUCGUUGUGGCAUUUUGAAGUGUAGAAAGUGUCAACAAACUGUUCAGAAACAAUUUACCGAAUAAUUCUAGAUCCCUUAGGUAUGUAGCACGCAUUAAUUAGCUUAUUAGCCUAUUUUUGUAGGUUUUUCAUGAAAUUAUAAUGUUUAUUAACUGUGUUUUUGUUUACGUUACUUAACCGGUGUCAAAAUUUGCUUAAGUUAGGCUUCUAUCAUGUUACUUACCUUACAAUUUUACUCCUAAAGUUGACCAAAUAGCCGAGUGAUUCACAAACGCUUCGCGAGUUGGUUCGGACGAAUCAUAAAAAAGAACCGGUUCAAAUGAACGGCUCAUUCGCGAAUGAGUCGGACAUCACUGUUACAGUGAGUGUAGCAGUUUUAAGAGGCUGCUGUGGAUCUGCUGCUGAUAUGGAGACUCUUCCCAUCCACAGACACUGAUCGUGCAACUUUAGUGAGCCGACUGGACGGAUUACGCACUUUCAUGGCUGCUCUCCUGUCACAUUAACAACUCCAAACAUGUCCAAAAGCCUGAAGAAGAAAAGUCACUGGACUAACAGAGUUCACGAGAUAGUGUUGUCCAGGGGUCCGAGCGGUGAUCUUGGGUUCAAGCUGCAGGGAGGCGCGGAGAAUGGACAGUUCCCCGUUAUUGGAGAGGUGAAACCGGACAGGGGCAAACUGCACCAGGAUGAUUUACUUCUGGAGGUGAAUGAUAUUCCAGUGGCCGGACUGACCAUCAGGGAUGUGUGGGCUGUGGUCAGGCACUGCAAAGACCCUGUCCGACUAAAGUGUGUCAAACAAGGAGGUGUUGUGGAUAAAGAUCUCAGGCAGUAUCUCAACCUGCGUUUCCAGAAGGGCUCUUUGGACCACGAGCUGCAACAAAUUAUUCGGGACAACCUCUAUCUUCGUACAGUACCCUGUACAACCAGGCAGCCUAAAGAAGGAGAGGUUCCGGGAGUAGACUACAACUUUGUGACCGUAGAGCGGUUUGUGGAAUUGGAGAAAAGUGGAGCUUUGCUGGAAAGUGGAACUUAUGAAGAUAACUAUUACGGCACCCCGAAGCCCCCGGCAGAGCCCAGCCCACUGCUGCUGAAUGUAGCUGAGCAGCUGUUGCCAGGCGCCACACCCAGAUCACAGGGCAAACGCAGACGUAACAAGUCCGUCAGCAACAUGGAGAAGGCUGGCAUCGAGCCACCUGAGGAGGAAGAGGAGGAGAGGCCCGUCAUCAACGGCAACGGAGUCGCCAUCACCCCAGAGUCCAGUGAACAUGAAGACAAGAGUACGGAUGCCUCAGGAGAGAUGCCCACCACAUGCCCCUCUGAAACCUCCACAGAUGCCCCUAAAGAAGAGACAGAACCACCAAAAUCGCCUCCCAAACUGGAUGAGAAUGACGAGCUGGGUCCUCUGCCAGAUAACUGGGAGAUGGCUUACACUGAAAAAGGAGAAGUGUACUUCAUUGACCACAAUACGAAGACGACAUCGUGGUUGGACCCCCGGCUUGCGAAGAAAGCGAAGCCCCCUGAAGAAUGCAAAGAGAACGAGCUUCCUUAUGGCUGGGAGAAAAUCGAUGACCCUAUUUAUGGAACCUACUAUGUUGAUCACAUAAACCGAAGGACUCAGUUUGAGAACCCAGUUUUAGAGGCCAAGAGAAGACUGCAACAGCAGCAGCAGAUGCAGAGUCAGGGCUUGUCCUCUCUUCCCCUACCUACAGUCUACAGAGUGGAGGAGAGCCCCUCCUCUGCCACCCUACCAAGGGCCAGACUGGCAUAUGUGGGUCCCGCACCCGAGCGCUCUCACAGUCUCACUGACCUGUCCGAGGCACCCCUGUACCGGGCCGGUGUGUUUGGACUUCAUGAGAAGCCUCUGUUCACGCGGGACCCUACGCAGCUGAAGGGCAGCUUUCUGUCUACAGCCCUGCAGAAAAGCAACAUGGGAUUUGGCUUCACUAUCAUCGGCGGUGAUGAACCGGAUGAGUUUCUACAGGUCAAAAGUGUCAUACCGGACGGGCCUGCUGCACAGGAUGGGAAAAUGGCUACAGGAGACGUGAUCGUCUACAUUAAUGACGUCUGCGUCCUGGGCACCACCCACGCUGAUGUGGUGAAGCUUUUCCAGUCUGUGCCAAUCGGACAAAGCGUAACCCUCGUCCUUUGCAGGGGCUACCCUCUUCCUUAUGACCCGGAGGACGCAGCCAGCACCUUGCUAUCCCCCCUCGGCCUCAUCGAGCGCCCUCUGCUGGUCAACGGGCGGAAUAGCUAUGACAGCUACAUGGAGUACAUCUCCCGCACCGCUCGCUUUAUCGACCCCCUCCAAACUACGUUGCCACAGCCCCACCCUGGAGACACCCACCUGGACGCCGGACCGCUGGAGGACAGCGUCUCAAUGGCAUCGUCAGGAGCGGCCGGUGGAGAGCUGCUAACGGUUACCAUGGUGAAAGGUGCAGAUGGGUUUGGAUUCACCAUAGCAGACAGUAAUGGAGGACAGAGGGUGAAGCAGAUUCUGGAGGCACAGGGAUGCCCGGGGCUGUGUGAGGGCGAUCUGAUUGUGGAAAUUAACCAGCAACCCGCACUAACCCUGCCACACACGCAGGUGGUGGAGCUGCUAAAAGAGUGUCCUGUUGGGGCAGAGGCCACGUUGGUGGUACAGAGAGGAGGGACAGGUCACUUUUCACCUUGGAAGACCUCUAAACAGGUCUUGGAACAUUGGGAUCCUCACAGCAGUCCCACAACCAGUCUAUCUGUCCAUGCUCUCCCUCACAGCACUCCAUAUCUGCACUGGCCCUCAGGUCCAGAGUUUGACUUGACCAAACCUGACCCCUAUGACCUGUAUGAGAAGUCCAGGGCUAUCUAUGAGAAUAGGCAGCCAGGGCUUCCUCGAGCAGCCAUCCCAGCUGACCUCUCCGCAUCAGAGUUCCAGGAGGUGGAGGUGCACCUGCGCAGACAGAAGUCUGGUUUCGGCUUUAGGAUCCUGGGCGGAGAGGAACCAGGACAGCCUGUGAGUCCGGAGGCUCAGGAGAAGAUCCUGAUUGGUGCAAUCAUCGAGAAGAGCCCAGCAGAUAAAGACGGUCGUCUCCGGCCAGGAGAUGAGCUGAUGUCAGUCGAUGGAAUCCCUGUGGCUGGAAAACCCCACCGUUACGUCAUUGACCUCAUGCAUGGGGCGGCCCGGACUGGGCAGGUUAAACUCACUGUACGACGGAGAGUUCAGCCCACAGGUGAACCCUUUCCAGAAAACGGCCGCAGUCCUGGAUCUACCCAGCACAGUUCCCCCAGGAGUGACUUCAACUCCAGAAUCUUCUGUAACAACUCCGCCCCCUCACAAAACUCCGCCCCAUCCACCACAGGCUCCUCCCCACCAGACACAGUAGCCAAUCAGAACCUGCAGCCCAGCGAUGUCACCAUCCAGCGCAAGGAGAGCGAAGGGUUUGGAUUCGUUAUUAUCAGUUCACUGAACAGGCCUGAAACCGUGGCUGCUGCUGCCGUGCCUCAUAAGAUUGGCCGCAUCAUUGAGGGAAGUCCAGCAGACCACUGUGGGAAGCUCAAGGUUGGAGAUCGUAUACUGGCCGUCAACAACCAGUCUAUUGUCAACAUGCCGCACGCCGACAUCGUCAAACUGAUCAAGGACGCAGGACUCACCGUCACACUCAGGAUCAUCCCUCAGGAGGAGACGAACAGCACGCCUUCUGCCGGCAGCUCAGAGAAGCAGAGCCCUAUGGCCCAGCCCAGUCCAGUUUGCCAACCCAGCACUGUGAACCAGACCGGUGCUGCCCCUCUACCCAACUCCAACCUUCAAACCAACUCUGCACCUCAACCCAGCCCCAAAUCGCAGCCUAGUUCAGAAGCACAACCGAGCCCUGUCACUCAAACCAGCCCAGCCAAUCAGCCCAGCUCAGUGACCCAACAGAACCUGCCCACCCAGCCCUCCGCAGUGCCAGUACAGAUCUACAGCCACGACAGCAGCUACAGGUCGGAGGUGAAAGCGAGACAGGAUGUAAAACCCGAUAUUCGGCAGCCGUUCACUGAUUACCGCCAACCCCCUGUGGACUACCGACACCCCCCUGUAGCAGAUUACCGACAGCCGCCAACGCUCGAUUAUAGACACCCCCCACUGCUGGACUACAGACAGCUGUCCACUGACCCUCGCACCUUUCCCUUACCGGACUACAGGAUGCCACAGGAUUUUGACUUCUUCACAGUUGAGUUGGAAAAGGGUAUGAAAGGUUUUGGCUUUAGUAUCCGUGGAGGUCGCGAGUAUAAGAUGGACCUGUUCGUUCUGCGAUUGGCUGAAGACGGACCAGCCAUACGCAAUGGAAGGAUGAGGGUUGGUGAUCAGAUUAUUGAAAUAAAUGGGGAGAGCACGAGGGAUAUGACCCACGCUCGGGCUAUUGAGCUCAUCAAAUCGGGUGGCCGUAGAGUUCGCCUGCUGCUCAAGAGAGGCACAGGGCAGGUCCCUGAGUAUGCAGAUAGUCCCGCCCCAUGGGAUGCUCACACUACAGCCUCCCCAAGUCUGUCGGAAGUAGCACCACCCCUCGACAGCUUAUCUAAUCCAUCAGCUUCUUCUCAUGUGAACCCACCCACUGACCCACCUCAUACAUUGUCCUUGGAAGCAGCAGGUCCAGACUGUUCCCAGGGUCCUAGAGGCCCAGAGAGUAGGGCUCUGGAGCAGACCAGUGUGGGGAAGAGGUCAGCCAUGGCAGGUGGAGUUGGGGGUGGGACCAAGCAGAGGGAGGGCAGCAGGACCAACCGUCGCUCUAGUGGAGGGAAGGUUCAGCAACAAUACCUUGAUGAACUUGCAGGAGAGCCCAAAUCCCACAAAAGCAGCCGGGCGAAGUCCAAGGAGCGCAGGAGGGAAAGGAGCAACACGCCAUCUCGAAAGCGAGACUCGCCCAAAACUUUACCAACUGACACCAAUAUGAAUGGGGGAAACGGAUGCCUAGAUGGUAGCAACAACCAACAAGGAACUCUGGUGCCAUUCAAAGCCCUACCAAAGGAACCAGAGAAAGGGCAAAUGAGCCAAGAGAGUCGUCCCAGCCACAACUCCAAGACCAGCAGCAGUGCAUCAGGCAGGAAGGCCACAGUAUCCCCAGGGCCCUGGAAGAUCCCUGGUACGGACAAGCUACCUAGUACCCUACGCUCAGCCACCUCCACCAUCAGCAGAUAACAUCUCACCCCAAUCUUAGGCCCAAGUUUAGACCUUACUUUUGGCCUUGACUUCUUUCAGUCAACUCUUGGACCAACAUUGGGCCAUGAUCUGCCUUUUUUGGGACUGGUUGGGCUUGGACUCUGCUUGAUUGCUUUUCACAGGCUUGCUCUACUUAGUAGAGAUCUGUUUUAAAAAUGACUAGGUACCACCCUCCCACAAUCCUCGCUAAAGAACUUUCCAUGCAUUUCUAGACAGAGCAUUUUUUAUUUAUAUUUUAUUCUAAGUUAUUUUAACAGAUAUGACACCCACCACCUUAAGAACUGGAAGCAUUCACUCCAAAAAUGGAACCACGGUAGAAUGAGUGAUGCAUGUAGCGUGCUAAAAGAAACCCAGACUGGUUUUGAACUGUUGGGGAAAAGCACUCAAGACUCAGAGAUGUACAUGCAUAGAAAACCACUUACUGACUCUAAACCACCACUGGUGGCUACAGCAAUUUUUAUACACUUUCAUAAAAAAUGAAGAAUACUGAAGGAGUUACCUGACAUACAGUUUUUGUGUAUUUGAAGAAUGAAUAUGAUUAAAAAGAUUCUAUAUGAGCGGACACUCGACUAUGGAACUCUGCCUUAAAGACUGACCUGCAGAUGUCUGUAUAAGGGUUGGUAAAAUGAAUAUAGAAAUAGAUAUAUUAUAUGACUACAUAUAUGUGAGACAUAUUGUAAAUAUGGUCUUUAUACACCAUUGUGACCCCAUACUGGAGUACUGACAUCAUACACAGUGUAAGUUAGAAGAGUGUAAUCUAGAAUUCAUUCCUACUCAACUUUAAGGUGCGUUCCCACUGACAGCGAUUUAAACUCAAGUGGUUGCUAUAGGUGUUCCUACUCAACUCAAUAUCGAACUGUAAAAGGAUACAGAUCACAUGACCUUCACUGACAUUGGUAGUUGCCACCUCCAGUUCAAGAUCUCAAUGGCAACGGCCGCUUGUGUCACUUAAAAUCGCCAACCCUCAUUGAUGAUUAAUGACUUGCUGAAAAUUGCUAUCAGUGUGAGCACCUCUUGAGACCACUGAUUGGUCAGUUGCUCUUUCUGAAAGGAGCCAUUGGGCUUUGACCUUCUCUUGGUUCAAUCUAUUCUCCCUUUACUUGACUACAUGAACAAAGCAAUUUGAAGGAGCCCAAGGUUUCAAUGAAAUAUAGAAAGUUUUGAUUAGGGCAGAGUGCCUUAUGCCAGGAGUGUCCAAUCCUGGAGAGCCACUGUCCUGCAGUUUAACUCCAAUCCUAAUUAAACACACCUGACCUGCUAAUCAAGGUAUUCGGAAUUACUAGAAAUGUCCAGGUAAGUGUUUUGGGCCAGGUAGAGAUAAAAUAUUCCAGUGGGCCAGUGUUUUGAGAUAAAAUAUUCAGUACAUUGGCUCUCCAGGAGCAGGAUUGGACACACCUGCCUUAUGCCAACCACUUUAUUUGAGCUCCGAAUCCUAGGAAACGACAUCAAGACAAAAAAAAAAAAAAAAAUGCAGGGUGCUAUAAAUUAAUUUGACCAGUUCUGUUGAAACUGUGCAACAGUAACACCAGAAAUGAAUAAGUAUGUUGCUGUAUCCCUAUCUCUGAAUGCUGAUUGGUGUCUAGAUCAACUGAGAGGCUGGUUUAUGUCCACAGUAUAGAUAUAUCAAUAUAAAAUUGAAAGCUAUUUUCGUACAUAGAUAGAAAUAGAGUUGGCAGUCUUCUAAGAGAAGUGCAGAUAUUUAUUAAUGAUAUCUCUGAGAGGAGUUCAAAUGUUUGUUGAGCACUUUGUCUUUAAAUAGACAUAUAUACAUAUAGAAUGCAGUACUGUUAAGAGUAAAUGCUGUGCAUCCAUGAUAUUCAUUGAAUAUUUCUGAGGAAGUUAAUUCUCAAAAUCCUGCUAUAAAGAUUUGUUUAUUAACAUACCAGUAUAAAAUAUUGUGUGAUGGUAAGUCUCUUUCACAUGAUUCACGUCAGGGCUUCAACUCACCUCUCAACAUGCUUGUUGUGAAAACAUCAUGCUCUUUGCACUCUUUACAAAAGGGUGAUUUUUACAAGCUUGCUAAUAGCAAAUUGUGAGAGCAAAUGAAAAUGGUGACCAAUGCUAUUUUGUCAUGUGUUGUUUUUUCCGAAUGUCAUUAUCUACCUUUGACGCUGUGCUGGGGAUACUGUAACUUCAUGUAUUCUAUAUACACAUGGUCUCUCAAUCUCUACUAGCUUAGCUAGAAAGCUAAGAUGUUAUCUUGCUAAGCGAAGGCUAACUGAAAACUCAAAGAAACCAUUAAAAGGUCUCAGCCAAUGGAAUUUAUGUAGGGUUUCUUUGGCUACGCUUUGAAAUGACAACAGUAAAUGGGGUCAAAGUUGAAAUAUGAGAAUAGGAAAAUCCACAUCAAAACAGAGGAGCGAUAGGCCUAUCAUUGGAAUCACUUUCAGAACUUUUUUUUUUUUUUUCCAGCUGAUGAAUGAUAAAUACAUUGACAGCCAAUCAGAAUCCACCUGACUUUAAAGAGCUCAAGCAAUUUAAAGCAGUGGAUGACAAAACUGUAGUGUGUGCUUAUAAUAUUAAAAAAAAAAAAAAACGUUAUUGUCCGUUGGUGUGGAAUUGCUGUGUGCAUCAAUGUAGCAUAGUUUAUUGCUAUAGUUAUCUUUAGUUCUUGGCGUGAAUGAGACUUGAUACUCUAGCUCAGGGAUGGGAUACCUAGAGGGCCACUGUCCUGCAGAGUUUAGCUCCAAUCCUGAUAAAAACUCAACUGCCUUUAGCUUUCUAGUGAUCCUGAAGACAUUAGCUUGUUCAGGUUUCUUUGAUUAGGAUUGAAGCUAAACUCUGCAGUGUCCCUCCAGGACCGAAGUUGCCCAUCCCUGCUCUAACUUGAUCCAUAGAAUUUAAUGGACUGGGGAACGUUGAUGCGAGUCAUGUGAAAGGGCACUUAAUACCUGGCUUUAAAAUGUAAUCAGGAAUGUUAUAGUGUAACCGAACAAACUUUAGGUUACAUAUGGGCCUCAUUAUACAUUCUUAUCCUGCAGUGUAUUUGAAUAUUUCGCAUUUUUGUGAGUUAUGUUGCCAUUAAUGUCACUGUCAUUAAUAAAUACACCAUUUCAGCAUUACUUUAAGGUGGAAUGGGUAAUUUCUGUGCAACUGGAUGAUUUGGCAUCAAACAAAACUACAAAACUGGGCUAACAAAAUAGCAUUGGCUCAACCAAUUGCAUGAUUUUGAGGGAGUAUCUUCAUUGUUCAACCAAUUUUAUGACACAGAAAUCACACACCCAAUGGUGCUUCAUUAUGUAUUUUUCCUGCAAUACUGUCAAACAUUUUGUACAACUACUCACUUCUUUUAUAAUUUUAUUAAUUUUAAUAAUUAUAUACAUGUCAACUCCGCUUCCCAUCUAAAAGGACCCCAGAGAAGACCUCAUCCGUUCUAUCCAUUGUCAUAAUAUCGUCUCUACAAUAUUCAUCUCCCACAGUCAUAAAGCGAUGACUGGUUCCACUGAUGCUCUUUGACAACUGUUGUGGAUGACAAGGAGAGCUGACAAUGAUCUAGUCAUUACAAGAUAGUGCUAACAAUUCUCUGAUAAAGACAAAUUAAUUGAAGCACUCCAAAAGCGAGCGUGCCUCAGUGGCUAUUAAUUUCUGAGUGAUACAACCUUAGAAAUCCCAGACAGACAUUGUCAAAGCAAAUGUAUUUUCCAUAGAGUACCAGCAAAGAUUGUGCGUGCAUAAGAAUGAGCUGGAUCACUACAAACGCUUUAAAAUCUCUCCCUAGUGUUAGACAGGAGCUUGGUUU